GGAUUACCCAGGACGUCCCAGAGCCGACUAGCGCUUUGGACAUCAUGUCCGACAUUUUUACUCAACUAAGAGCUUAUCUUUGGGAUGCUUUGGCAGAAGAGUACGGAAGAAAGGCCAUAUCGGACAUGUCCACGAGCCUUGUUGUCACCCUCCCAGCUUCUUGGCCAUGCACUGGAAUUGAAGAUGUAGGCCAGGCACUGAACCGGUCGGAUUUCUCCAAUGGCAACAAGAACAUGAAAAUUUGGAUAACAUCUGAGAUCGAGGCGCUGGCAAUGUCAACAAUUAAACAAGUCAUCAAAGACUUUAGCUUAGUAGGCAAUCAUUUCAUUCCCCUGGCUUUAACCUCACCCUCUUCCAUCCUCAUCGCUCGCAACUCUUUUUUGAUAACUUGGGUCAGGGCCAGAUAUUAUUAACUUGCGUCAUCGGGCCAUAUGUCGACGUGCUGUCCUACGAAAUAGUGCAGGCCAAUCCGACGAUUGCCAUAGAAGAAGCCACGUU